GAUAUUAUUAUUGACCGGCUGAAUCUGGAAGAAACGAUGCGGUGACAACGGGUGAUUGCACAUGAACGUCACCGUGUGUCCGGAAACGAUAACGUUCAAAAGCAAACGACCGUGGAUGAAUUUUGAGAGGCGUGUCGUUACCAAAGCUAGCGUAGCUUUGCUAACGUAAGUCAAAGUGGAUGUGUGACAGCUAGCAGAACUGGUACCACAACACGUCCGGUUAGGGUAUUUGGACUUUAUUAUGAACAGAUAUGGACAUUAUGUGAAGAAAUACAUGGAUAGAACAAACAACAAACUAUAAGCCACGGAACUGUACGAACCUCGACGUGGACCAAGUCCAUUUUGGGCACUGGCCACUUCAAUUGGGCUUUUAUUUUGAAAAUCCCACCAGCAUCUUCCCUUGUCGUCAGAGUUAACUUGACGGGAGAGAAGUUUACAUGAGGCAGCAGCGGCUCUGCGUGAGUGACAGCGGAGUGUGCGUGUGUGCCCUUUGCGGAAUAUUACGGGAGUUUGGUUCAAGUGGCGGUUUCACGGCCAUUGGAAACAAGUUGUCUCCGCCGGGCAGAGGAAUCGGACUUGGGAGUGAGACUCCUAUAAAACUAAGCAAUCCCAGAUUGCUGCAGAAGAGAGCUUUGAGCUUCCAGAAAGAAUUCUCCUUUGACGAAAAAGACGACCCAGCCAAAAUCACCAAGGAUAUAGAUGUGAGUCUCUUGGCCAAUCUCCCUAAAGUCUCUGAGUUGAGGAAACGAUUUGAAGGCAUUACCACAAGUUCAACUGACUGGGAAAUGAACAGAAAGGAGCGUAUUGCUCGACGGUUGGAGGGCAUCGAUGGUGAGGUGCAUCCGUCUCUGCUGCCUAGUCUGGUGGCCAACCGGCUUCUAGAGGAGGAUACACCGAGAUACACCAGGGCCAGUGACCCCUGCGAACCCUGUGGUGUUACAGUCCAGCGAUAUGGUGUGGAGGGCUUUGAAAGUCAAGAAAUGCAGCCGACGGCACCGGAGCGACAGUCCAGAGCUCGUUGUAGGCCUGACCCUCAGUCCUCCAUUCACACAGAGCCAAUAUACAGUUCGGGCUCCACCACCGGUGGCCAUGAGCUGGAGUCCAAAGCCGAGCGAAUUGCCCGCUACAAGGCGGAACGUCGCCGUCAACUGUCCGAGCGCUACGGCAUCUCCUUGGAUCAGGAGCCAGACUCGGACUGUCCCUCCCGCCGCACUCGGAAGGAGUCGGAAGGCUCGGAGAGGCGAAACCGACUGGAGUGUGUGGGGGACGACGGGAGAGAUAUCACCCUGACUUCUUACACCAGCACCUCUGCCACUAGCCCGGGGUCCGGACGCACAGCACAGCACCACGGCCAAAGCGACCCGGGCUACGAGAUGGCUCGAACCAGGGCGGACUCAUUCUCAGAGAGGGAGAGGCUGAUGAACCUGGAGAAUCAACGGAGGGCCGCUCCCCCUGAGCCGCCAUCCCCCUCUACCUACAUGGAUGUGACGUCGCUGUCCUCAGCCGCCCGGGUGCCCGCCAGGGACUACGCGGUCACAGGAAUGCCACCCAGUUCACCCAAGCUGAACAGGAACCCUUCGCUCUCCUCUCCUAAACACAGUGCGUCUCCUGGGGACCUCUUCAUCGAGCAGCAGGCCCACAACAUCCUCAGCAGACAGGGUGCGAGGGCGUCGCCGAGCACUGAUUGGUUCCUCCAGACUGAUGCUGAGGGUGACACGCACUCCCUCAUCAACUGGCCGUCGAGAAUCAAAGUUAGGGAGAGGCUUGCCAGGGAGGAGGGCCGCCAGAGGAGCCCAGAGCUGGGAAAUGUUACAGAAGCCCCAGUGCACCGCAGACAAUUUCAGCACCAGACCUCUACACAUUACCACGCGGAUCCAUCGGGCCCCCAGCAGGUCUGUGCAAAACCCCACCAACAUGCCCCGGCUCCGCUCACCCGAUCUGGGCAAGUGGGGGGACAGGAAGUUGUUGGACAUCCCAGUUACCUUUCCAUGGCCUCUGGUCCCACAUCCAGAGGCAGGCAGCAGCUGCAGCAGCAGCAGGCUCCGGAGGAAGAGACUGAGGAGACAGAGGAUGUGAAGACAGAGGGCCUUCUGAGGAGUAGGAAAGCAGUUUUGCCCUCGGAGAUCCGCCGUAGGGAGAGGAGCACUGAGGACCCACGGAGAGGAAGAGGGGAGGAGGACCUGGGGAUGUCCAAGGUGCAAAGCCUCACUGAGGCAGAGGAUCUUGCAAGGGACAGACACAGAGACAGAGCCAGGUGGGAUGAAACCGAGAACGCCUCCCGUUUCCAUGCAGCCGAGAGCCGGCACAGAGAGCGGGAGAGGGCCUUUCAUAUCCACAAAGGGGCGGCCGCAACCAACAUCCAGCCCAGAGCGGCACAUGCAGCCCCAGGAAGCUCCACCUCCAGCGCAGCCUUGAGUCGCCCGAUGUCAGAGGCUGCGGACUCGCAAGGGCCCAGUCAAAGGAACCGGCAGAACCACCUUGUGGAGGUCAGGCAGGGCGAAGGUUUCAGUAACGGAGAGAGCCUCCAGGACAGCCGGGUGUCUGUGGCCCAGCUCAGACAUUCUUACUUGGACAGCACCGGCACCCCUCCAACCGGCCGCAGGAAUGAGCCUGAGUUUGAGGGGGACAGGGCGAUCCUGGGCUACGAGGCCCCCUGGAGAGUGGAAAGGGACAGGGGGCGCAGGCCCCAGCAGUAUGCCUAUCCCGAGGAGAGUAGAAAGACCUCAGAGAGGUUUAGGACGCAGCCCAUCACUUCUGCUGAGCGCCAGGAGACCGAUAGGUCCUGUGUGAGUUCAGAUUUUGCUUCUACUGAAGGUGAUGAAGAGAAGCUAGAUGAUCGAGCCAAGCUGAGCGUAGCGGCCAAGCGCUCUCUCUUCAGGGAACUGGAGAAGAGCAUCGAUGGCGGAGCUCCCAAGCCUCGAUCCAGGAAUGCCGCGGUAGACAGGAGACUGAGGCGGACACAAGACCGAUCCAGAACUCAGCCGGUCACCACGGAGGAGGUCGUCAUCGCCGCAACCGUCCCCUCUCAUGUGCCACAAACGGUGACUGUUCUCACUGCUGUAGCACGCAUCCCUAGCCCCACUUUCCCAUCAUCCAGCCUGCAGGCGUCCUCGCAGCAGAGCGCUGCCGCCCAGGAGCAGGCAAGGGAGGCGCGGAGGGCGCAGGACAUGCAGGAGGCCCAGGCCUCGAAGCCGGUGUCCGCGAUGGAGGGAAAAGCUCAGGGUCAGGUUCAGGAGGAGCCCGACCUCUGCACCCUGAGCCUGGCAGAAAAGAUGGCACUGUUCAACCGGCUGGCUCAGCCUCCGACCAGGGUCACCCGCACCCGAGGGGACACGCGCCAGCGCAGGGCCAACGCUCGCUACCAGACACAGCCCAUCACGCUGGGAGAUAUGGAGCAGGAGUCCUCAGACAUAGACGUCAGGGAUGAGCAGGAGCUGUGUGACAGCCCAGUCGAGCACCUACAACUUCAAAAUGGUACAGGCUCUCGUUUAGAGCACGUCCCCUCUUCGUCCUCCUCGUCUGCACUGAGAGCAGGAAGCACCGUGUCCACUGACCAUGCCGGAGACAUCCACAUAACCAGAGCACCAGCCCGGGCAGAAAACCUCCCCGACAGGCCUCUGCACCCUCGCCAUGCAGAGGGCCCGGCCCGGCGCCCCAAGGACUCCGUGGAGAACCAGCAGUACCGAAACUUGCCCCAGAGAGACGACCGGUUCGAUGUGGGAGCCGGCAAAAGGAAGCUGCCCUCGCCUGACCGAGCGGUCAGGCAGGCCGCUCUACCCCAACCCCACACGAGAAGAGAGAGGAGGAGGGAGGAGGUGGAGGAGGAGGUGGAGCGGUGGCUGUCCAGAGAGACGGGAGAGGGAGUUGUGCAGAGCUCAGAGAGCCACGUGCUGCUGGAGAGGCAGGAGCAGAGGGGGCAUCUGAGGAAGGAAGGACACUAUCCCGACGGACAGAGGAGCAGGACAACCAGUGGAGAGCCGGUGGAGUCGACGGCGGUGACAUCCAGAGCAGCUCCGGAUUCGCCGGGGAUGGUAUGUGAGCCUCCAGCAGCAGACACGCACACAGACGGCAGCAGCCUGUUUGAACCCGAGCAAGGAGACGAACUGAGCGACGCCAUGAUGGCAAAACACAUGUCCAUCAAAGAGAGAGUUGCCUUGUUGAAGAAGAGUGGCGAGGACGACUGGAGGAACAGGAUCAAUAGGAAGCAGGAUGCGGUGAAGGCUGCCGCGGGCGAGCAGCCCGCUCCGUUCCUCGAGGUGGAGCAGAGCUUCCAGAAGAAGGAUGAUGAAUCACGGAUGAUGAUCGAUGAGUUUGCUGUGACCGACCAGCUUUGGGAGCCAGCCUUUGCCUCCACAUCCUCACCUCCUUUUCACCCCCUUUCCCCUGACGAGUCAUCCAGCCAGGCCGCCAGUUCUCCCAGACCCAUGCAGGUGGAUGAGAGACACCCCUGGAGACGGAAGAGAAUAGCCGAGGCCGAGAUGGAGUGCCAGGCGAUCGAGGCCCGCAUGUCCAUCCAGGAAAGGAAACUUCUGAUUGUGGCCCAAGAGGAGGCCUGGAAGACGAAAGGCCACGGAGCCGCCAACGAUUCCACCCAGUUCACCGUGGCCGCGCGCAUGGUGAAGAAAGGGUUGGCCUCCCCCUCUGCCCUCCAGUCUCCAGUGGCAUCCAAACCCAAGAACAGCAGCCCUGCAAUCUCCAAACCACAAGAAGACAUGGAGGAGAUGUCUGAUACUGAAGAGAUCAUGGCCAUACCAGAUUUGAACCUGGAGUCGGACAGUAAGCUCGAUAAGCUGGAAUCCUUCCUCGGCAAGAUCAACAGUAAAGUGUCUGGACUGCCUGAAGCCACCAUCACAGUGACGGAGAAGAAGGUAAAGGAGGUGAUGACCCUCGAGGACGAGACUUUCUCCAAGUUCUACCGCCAAGUGGAGGAGCUCCCCUCCAUCACCAACAAGGUGGAGAUAGACGACGACUUUGAUGCCAUCUUCGGUCCCCAGGUGCCAAAGCUGACGUCGGAGAUGGUGCAGCACAAGCGAGCGGUGCGCCCGGCGCGCAAUGUCCAGUCGUCCAGGAACCCUCUGAAGACGCUUGCUGCCAGGGAGGACAUCCGACACGAGUACACGGAGCAGAGGCUCAACGUCGGCCUGCUGGAGAGCAAGAGGAUGAAGGCUGAGAAGAUGAAUAAAAACUCUGGUUUCUCCGACGUGGCUCUGGCCGGUCUCGCCAGCAAGGAGAACUUCAGCAGCGUCAACCUGCGAAGUGUCAACGUCUCAGAACAGACGUCCAACAACAGCGCCGUGCCCUACAAGAAACUCAUGCUCUUGCAGGUCAAAGGCCGAAGGCACAUCCAGACCAGGCUGGUGGAGCCCAGAGUGUCCUCCCUGAACAGCGGCGAUUGUUUCCUGCUCAUCGCGCCACACCACUGCUUCAUCUGGACUGGAGAGUUUGCCAAUGUCAUCGAGAGGAACAAGGCUUCGGAGUUGGCCAACUUCAUCCAGAGCAAAAGAGACCUGGGUUGCCGUGCCAAUCACGUCCAGGUCAUCGAGGAGGGCGCCAACACGCUCAGCCACGCUGCCAAGGAGUUCUGGAAGAUUCUGGGAGGGCAGUCAAGUUAUCAGUCUGCGGGAACACCAGACGAAGACGAGUUGUAUGAGGGCGCCAUCGUGGAGACGAACUGUAUUUACCGCCUGAUGGAUGACAAACUGGUCCCAGAUGAUGAUUUUUGGGCCAAGAUGCCUCGCUGCUCGUUACUCGAACCCAAGGAGGUUUUGGUGUUUGACUUUGGCAGUGAGAUGUACAUAUGGCACGGGAAGGAAGUGACGCUUGCGCAGAGGAAGGUGGCCUUCCAGCUGGCCAAGCACCUGUGGAACGGCACCUUCGACUACACAAACUGUGACAUCAACCCACUUGACCCAGGAGAGUGCAAUCCACUCAUACCCAAGAAAGGCCAGGGCCGGCCUGACUGGGCAGUGUUUGGCAGACUGACGCAACACAAUGAAACGACCCUGUUCAAAGAGAAGUUCCUGGACUGGAGCGACUCCAGGAAAACACCCAGCCCCACGAAAAACAACAACCAUCACACCGCUGAUCAAAAGGAGCAGUCCGCCUCUGAUCAUCCCCGGGCGUACGACGCCUCCCUGAUGCUGCACCUCCAUCAGGUGCCCGUCUGCUCCAAGCUGGAUGGGUUCAAUGUGGGGCGAGGCUACGGCCUGGUGGAGGCGGAGGAGUGGCGGAGCUACGAGAUCAGCACCCUCGCGGUGGAGGUGUGGCACAUCCUGGAGUUCGACUACAGCCGCCUGCCGCGCCAGAGCAUCGGCCAGUUUCACGAAGGCGACACCUACGUGGUGAAGUGGAAGUAUAUGGUCAGCGCUGCAGUUGGGAAGAGACAGAACCCUGAGCAGCUGAAGACGGCCGGGCCUGGGAAGGAGAAGUGCUGCUACUUCUUCUGGCAGGGCCGCAACUCCACCGUCAGCGAGAAAGGAACGUCAGCGCUGAUGACAGUGGAGCUGGACGAAGAGCGAGGAGCACAGGUUCAAGUCCAGCAGGGUAAGGAGCCUCCGUGUUUCCUGCAGUGCUUCAAAGGAGGGAUGGUCGUCCACUCAGGGAAGAGAGAAGAGGAGGAGGAGAACACACAGAAUGACUGGCGUUUGUAUUGUGUGCGGGCGGAGGUGGAGGUGGAGGGCUUCUUGCUGGAGGUGGCCUGUCACUGCAGCAGUCUACGCUCCAGAGUCUCCAUGGUGCUGCUGAGCGUCAGCCAAGCCCUCAUCUACCUGUGGCACGGCUGCAAGUCUCAGACACACACACGGGAGGUGGCCCGCACCGCCGCCAACAAGAUCAAAGAACAUUGUCCUCUGGAAACAGGCCUCCACAGCAGCAGCAAGGUGACCAUCCGGGAAUGUGACGAAGGAGCAGAGCCCACGGGAUUCUGGGAAGCCCUCAGGAGGAGGGACAGGAAAGCGUACGACUGCAUGCUGCAAGACCCAGGCAGGUUUAACUUCACACCACGUCUCUACCAGUUGAGCAGCAGUUCAGGGGAGUUUGCUGCGGUGGAGUUUCUCUACCCAGCCAGAGACCCCAAGCAGGUCAACUCUAUGCCCUUCCUACAGGAGGACCUUUAUGCAGCUUCCCAGCCAGCCCUGUUCCUGGUGGACAACCACCAUGAGGUCUACCUGUGGCAGGGCUGGUGGCCUCAGGACAGUGAAAGCACCGGCUCAGCCCAAAUCCGCUGGGACUCUGACCGGAAGUGUGCCAUGGAGACUGUGCUGCAGUACUGUAGAGAAAAGAACGAGAAGAAGCCUCCCAAAGCAUAUCUGAUCCACGCCGGUCUGGAGCCGCUCACCUUCACCAACAUGUUCCCCAACUGGGAGCACAGAGAGGACGUCGCUGAGAUCACAGAGAGGGAGGCAGAGGUGUGUAACCAGAUUAUCCUGGUGGAGGACGUGUUGGCGAGGCUUUGUAAAACCAUGUACCCGCUGGCAGACCUUCUGGCCCGGCCGCUGCCCGAGGGAGUCGACCCUCUCCGUCUGGAGGUCUACCUGUCUGAGGAGGACUUUGAGGGUGUAGGGGCUCAUGGGAAGAAAGCCCUGGAGAUGACCAGAGAGGAGUACGGGGGUUUGCCCGUCUGGAAACAGGUGAAGUUGAAGAAAGCAAAAGGACUUUUCUGAAACGGAGAGCUGAGCCGAAGACACAAAGAUGUUUUUGUUUUGUUUACGCCUGCACACAACAGCGGCUCGGGGGGGUAGAGAAAACCUGCGUGAACCCGGUGAUGUGGGGUUGAGGAUGGACGAGAGGAGUUAGGAAGUCGUGGAGGAGACCAUGGGCAGAUGGGACGUGUGCCCGCCCUCUCGUGCUGCAGAUUUCCUUCUCGUUUGCUUUUUGUGUUUGCAUCUUGUUCGUCCAAGUAGGAGACACGUGUAGGCCGAUGCACCUGUGAGUGAACGUGUCUAUAAUUUUACACUCUGUUAAUGUUUGUACAUAAUGUACAAAAUACGCAGGACAGCCGGUGCCCCUACAACGUCAGUGCAGCCAUCUACGGGAGUGGGAGCAGGCCUUUCAACCUGUUCAACACACUCCACGUCAGAGACUGCUACUCUCUUGUAUGUAUGUUGAUGCAUUACAAAUAAUUUAUAUUUAUAUUAAAUCUAUAAAGGAUUUUUUUUUUUUAAAUAUUCACAAAUAUUUACUGAACUUAAAAAGUAAUAAAGUGUAUAAUGAAUGUUAAGGAGGUUUGUGUCAUAUGUUGAUAAAUACUGGAUAUUAGUGAGAGUCUGUUUCGCUGUACAGUUCACCGUUUUGCCAUUUACAAAUCCAACGAUGCAGCUUCGUUCGCGUCUAGUGUAGUUAUUAUUUCCCCUGGUAGAGAUUAAACAGGUUCGAUUAAUGGCUAAGAGAGCGAUUUGAAAGUGUUUGAUUUUUAAGUCCUGCAGUGUAUAGUGCCUUGCUUUGUGUACAGUUUAUAUACAGACCGUAGUCUGCAUUUUGAAGACUUUUUGUGAUAUAAAGAACUAUUAGAGAAAUAAAAACCCUGAAAGUUGGACAUCUGAAAA